AUGGCAGUAACUACCAUAGCUCUGGACAACGUCAUUCUCAUGCGUCAGCUGACGCAUCAGCUGAGGCGUAGUGACGUGGACCGCCACCAGUGGGCCACCAGGAGACGAACCCCAAUUUCGGAUCUUCCGGUUAGACAAGAUAAAGUCGAGGAUAGCUUGGACUGGAUCGCUCAGCGCGCUGAAGGACCCCUUCAGGCGGGUGAUCCUAGGUUAGUGGACCUCUUGAGGAGUCGUUACCUUCAUCCUCCUGACGACCUUCCCUACGACCUGAAGGAGGACGUCUUGGGUCGUGAGAAUCUCUAUAUGAGAUACAAGAUAAUCUACCCGUCCUGGGUGUUUAUUAACGGCAUCUUAAAGGAACUGUUUAGCCAGGACACCGCAAGAGGCGAUGCGCGGAUCUUCGUGGAGGCUGGAGCCCUUGAUGGCGAGUAUCUAUCUAACACACUAUGGCUAGAGCGGCGGCUAGGAUGGACGGGGUUGCUGAUAGAAGCAGAGGCGGAUAGUUACAUCGCUCUCAGGAGGAAGCACAGGCGAGUCUGGUCUUCCCCUGGGUGUCUAGCCACAAGGGAUUAUGCUCACAGCGUGGUGCUAACCUCUUUCAGGAAGGAUGGUGCGUCAUCUGAGUGGACAGACAGAGGAGCUGCCAGGAUAGAGGAGAGACCGGUGGAGGCCGUGGAUGGUCCGGGCUACAAGACCUAUCACACAGCUCAGUGUUUCCCCGCCCUUACAUACUUCCUGGCACUCAACAUCACCCGGGUUCACUUCUUUAGCCUCGACGUCGAGGGCGUCGAGAUGGAAGUCCUACGCUCCUUUCCCUUCGACAGGAUCACCGUCGACGUGUGGGCUAUCGAGCACAUAGGCAGCCCUAAGCACACAGCCACACCUAUCAACGUCACCGUCGGCGUUUCCAAGUCUUUACGAACCUCCAUUACCUCCCAAAUCUCAUCCAAUUUGUCCUCCUCCAACGACGCUUCUGCUUCAGUUGGUUCCUCCUCUCAGAAGCUUUCGAAAUUUGAGGACCCAGACUUCAUUGCCUUCAUGGAGGCUCGCGGCUACUACCUCUUCGACGUCUUCUGUCAGAUCAUUCCCGACUACGUCUUCAUCAGACGGGGCAGCGAUGUCUUCAAACGGCUGAGUGUCCCCGAACGUUUGUGGACACGUCGAAAUCUCUGUUUACACAAGUCGUCCUGGGAGGCUAACACGAAGGUUUUCCAGCCCAGGCUGCACCGAGACAGGCGCCACUGGCCGAAACUGGUGUACGGGGAUUGAUGUACAUGGACUGGUGUACAAGGGCUGGUGUACAGAGGCUGGUGUACAGAGACCGAUGUACAGGGGCUGGUGUAUAGGGGCUGGUAUACAGAGGGUCGUGUACUGGGACUAAAUCCACGUGCGUCUUUCAGAGAAAGGUGUAGUCGAAGUUUGAUCUUCGACCACAGGUUGCUGGUACUUCCGGGUUGUGUUAUACACAGGUUAUGGUGAACAUGCGAGGGUUGUAUCUGUAUAUACUAAUGACUGUAUACAUAACUUGUGAUGUUUAGAAUAUAUGGACAGGGAAGGUAGUACACAUGAAUGUGUGUGAUGAUUGUCAUUUGAUUGAAUACUUGAGUGUAUCACAUCAGUGAGUGUAAUAUUUGAGUGUAUUUUGGCGGAUUCCUCAAGUGCUAUUGAAGUGUGUUACAUGUACCAAUAAAACACCUCACUAGCCAAAUAAGUAAAUAUUAAAGAAGAAUUAAAACACACUUAAGGCACUUCCUCCCACCUUGAAGACGGUCUUAUUUACAGAGCGAAAUACAUCACAAUCCUUUUUUUUU